AUGAAGCAAAAUAAGUAGUCAUCUGUCAACUUAAACCCAACUCUCAAAAGAAACAAUACUCUCGUCUCGGGACCGCUUGUACAGUAUCAGAAGCAAGUGCCUAAAACUACCUAAAAUCUAAAGACUUAGUAGUCCACCAAAUAGAAUACUACAAUUCCAAGCACUUCUUUUAGAAACACUUCUAAAGUGACUUAAGUCUAAGGCACUGCAGCAAAUGCUGGCAUAAAUGCUAGCAAGAUUAAAAUUCAUGAUGAAUAGUAAGCACAUAACAGCUAAAUGGCUUAUAAGAAAUCUAAAUUCGAACGAAACAGAAAUGAUAGUUCACCAUCAAAACUGACUGGAAUAGAUACUUAGACCUCAAGCAAGAAGCAACUGUUCGGAUAUAAGUCAAGAAAUCAGCCAAACUAAUCACUGCAUAAAAAUAAGUUUACCACAUUGUCUAGCAAAUGCAUAGUUUCAAGUCAAAGCAGCAAUCACCUAUUUCAGACAGAAAAAAGUCACUGUAAUUACAAAGACACAUAGGAUAGUCAGAAGAAUCCACUUGAGACUCUCAAUGAAGAGUUCUCAGAGACCAGAAGAAAAAUGAUUAACAACAAGUAUUUCUUUACCUCCCAAGAGAGUUAAAAUAACUUCUUCUCUGAAGUUCAAAUCAAGAAAAAAUGCUUGAAUGUUCUACACAUACCAGAUAAUUUUCAUGAACAGGAUAUCCCCUAGACUAGGAGGGAAAGUUUACUAAGCAGUUUCAAUGAGAAAGAUUUGCUAGAGGGUGACAGAAAUGCUAUUCCAGUUAUUUCAAAGGUUGGCUAGCUACAUCAAAAAGUUAGGGAGAGAAAAGAUAGCUCUUCCAUUAUUCCCUAAGUGUCAAUGAAAGACAAACCAGUAUUUGAAAUAGCGAAUAACUAUCAAUUUGAGUAGCCUAAUCAGCAGGAUACGAUAUUUAGAAAUGAAAAAUAAACAAAGAACAAGAAUUCUUUGCCAAUAGAAGAAGGAUCUAAAAUAGUCAUACUUUCAAGAAUCGAGCAUUUCAAUGGGUAGAAUGAUGAGAGUAAAAACAGUGAAAUAGAACUUGAAUUUUUGUUGAAUAUGAGUGAUGAUCUCCAUCCAAAGUCAGUUAGAAGAGCAGCUAAUUAAAACUCCUGUAAAAACCUGUCUAUGAAAUCCUCUUUUUAACAGCCUUAAAAAGUUAACCAAAGAAGUAUGUCUAAGGUAUUUGAGAUCUCCAGACUUAAUAGAUAAUUAGACUUUAAUGAAAGUAUCAGUGAUAAUCAGAAGAAGCAAUAUUCAGAUCAGUAAUAGGAUCAUUAUCAAGAAAAUCAACACUCUGAUCCGAUUAAUUUACAUCUAGAUGUCGAGGAAAACUUGGAUCAACAACAAUCAGAAGCUACAGAGUCAAUUAAGUCAUAUUUAUUUCACUUGAAGGGAUUAAAGAACAGAUACAGGCAGAUAGUCUAAGAACUUCAAGUUGAAGAGAAUAAUAACAUUAAGGCUGCAACUUAGCAGAUGCUAGCAAGUGACGAGUUCAGAAGACUCAGUCUUAAUUCAGGCACCUAACUCCUAACUAAUAAAAUUAUUGAAAUUAGGGAUGAAUACAGACAUGUAAUGCAUCUUCUUAAAUCAUAGCAUUAAUUUGAAGAUGCUAGCACAGCUUAGAGUCAGCAGGAUAAUAGUGGUGAUGAGAUCACCUCAAUGUGA